AUGUCUCUCCGUAUCGUUCCCGCCCAAGAAAACCACACCUCCUUCACCCAUCUCCCCUCCCACUCCUACGUCGCGCCCUCGGCCCCUGGGCUGCACGAUACUCUCCGCGCAGGCGUCGGCCCAUCGGCUUUCCACCCUCAAACUCAACCCAUCUCCUCCCAUCCCCUGGAAUCCCGUCUCCGCAAAUGGCACGCAACACAAGAAUCCCUGCGCAUGGAGACUCUGCGACGCACCUUCGGCAUGGCGGAGCCCAUCCGGCGGCAAAUGGAGCUCAAGAUUGUGAAGGAAGGUGAAUGGAAGCCGAUGUGUCUGGGCGGGGGGGUUAGGAAGGGGGUUCAUGAAGAGAUUCUGCGGGGGACCGACUGCGAUAUUGAGUGGGAGGAUGUGUUUGUGCAGGAGGAGAGCAUGCCGAUGGUGGGGUUCCAUGAGGAGGUGGAGAGGAAGUUGAAGAUGGAUAGGAGCUGA